AUGGGUUUGAGAGGGGAGAAGAGCAAUGGUGGGGGUGAGGAGCUGCUGAACUCGGAGAAGAAGACAGUGGAUAUUGAGGAGAAGGACUGGAUGUUGAAUGGAGUUGCAAUGUAUCGGGAAGGGGCAGCCAGCAGUGAAUCACUAGUGGAGCGCUCCUACGGUAAGUUCUGGCGCCAGUUUCGGCUAUCGAACAAUGUCGAUCUCAACUUUGUGAGUGCCAAGCUAGAGGACGGUGUGUUAAUAGUGGCGCUUCCGAAGCUAGUAUCGAAAAAGAUCAGGGGCCCCCGGGUGGUGAGCAUUGCCGGCGGAGACGAUGCAAGAGACAUGGAGAAGCUUCAAUGGAGCAACAACGAAGACAAGAAGGUGGAUCUCUAA